UAUUCCCCCCCGCACUGUUGCCAACGACGUUGGUGCUCCUGGCGCCAUGCACCACCUUCAAGUGGGCGUCGUCUGGCACGUCGCUCAGCCAUCCUCGUUUCCUUUGUGUUUUUAAGGGAAAAACCGGAGCUGGAGUGGUAACCCAAUCAUCUUGGUUCCUCCGCCUGCGUGCUCUGUUCUGUUACCCGACGCGCCAUACCUACACGGAGUGCCGCGCUGCUGUUGCUGCAGCGCUCGCAUUCGCGCUUCGCCACUGGCAACCAGCUGUGUGUGUGUGUGUGUGUUUACGCGCGCUCUUCAUCUCCUGAUCUGAGCGCAGCAGCAAGAGGCGCGGAGCUGCAACGACGGGUGGGAUGACGGCCCGAGGUCCACUGCUGAAGGAUGAGCUCGACAUUGUGAUCCCGACCAUCCGGGACCUGGCGUUUCUGGAGCAGUGGAGGCCAUACCUGAGCCCCUAUCACCUGAUCAUCGUGCAGGAUGGCGACCCCACGAAGAAGAUUCACGUGCCGGAGGGGUAUGACUACGAGCUGUACAACCGCAACGACAUCAACCGGAUUCUGGGGCCCAAGGCGUCGUGCAUCUCGUUCAAGGACAGCGCGUGCCGGUGCUUCGGGUUCAUGAUGUCGAAGAAGAAGUACAUCUUCACCAUCGACGACGAUUGCUGGGUGGCGAAGGACCCAUCGGGGCACGAGAUCAACGCGCUGGAGCAGCACAUCACGAACUUGUUGUCGCCGUCGACGCCGUUGUUCUUCAACACGCUAUACGACCCGUACAGGGCCGGAGCAGACUUCGUGAGGGGGUACCCGUUCAGCAUGCGCGAGGGCGUGGCGACGGCGAUCUCGCACGGGCUGUGGCUGAACGUGCCGGACUACGACGCGCCGACGCAGCUGGUGAAGCCGGCGGAGAAGAACACGCGGUUCGUGGAUGCGGUGAUGACGAUUCCGAAGGGGACGCUGUUUCCGAUGUGCGGGAUGAAUCUGGCGUUCGACAGGGAGAUGAUCGGGGCGGCGAUGUACUUCGGGCUGAUGGGCGACGGGCAGCCGAUCGGGCGGUACGACGACAUGUGGGCGGGGUGGUGCUGCAAGGUGAUCUGCGACCAUCUGGGGUUCGGGGUGAAGACGGGGCUGCCAUACAUCCACCACAGCAAGGCGUCGAACCCGUUCGUGAACCUGAAGAAGGAGUACAAGGGGAUCUUCUGGCAGGAGGAGAUCAUCCCCUUCUUCCAGCAGGUGGUGCUGCCCAAGGAGGCCGUCACCGUGGAGCAGUGCUACAUCGAGCUCGCCAAGCAGGUUGGGGAGAAGUUGAAUGGACUCGACCCCUACUUUACUAAUCUGUCGAAGGCUAUGGUCACCUGGGUUGAGGCAUGGUCUGAGAUCAGCAGCUCUCACAAGAAGAGCCAAGCUACUGCCAACGGCAGUGCUGUCAAGUAGAGUGGAUAUCGUCUAAGAAGGAUAUGGAUGAUUAAUAGUUUUGUAGGCUUGCUUUUAGGACUGGUUCCGUGCGUAUGUUGUCUUUUGCAUGGCCGUGUUCCUUGCAUUCUUAUUUUUUUUUUAAGGAGUGUCUGGAUGCCACUCUCCAUUCUUGACACCAAUUUUUAUCCUAUCACGAAAUUAAGCAUUGCUCUGAUUUUUUUCAUGCCAAUGCAUUUCUCAGUGA